UGAGCUGCAGCGCGGCUUGAGGUCGCCAGGAUGCGCGCCUGGCUUGGUGCGCCUGGGCUGCUGCAGCUUUUCCAGCUGUGCCGGCAGCUGGAUUUCUCCCGCGGCAGCGGCUGGACGGGGAAUGGUUGUGGUCACUCUGUGCUGACACCUUUCAGUGGGACAUUAGCCUCCAAGAAUUAUCCUGGCACCUACCCCAACUUCACAUCCUGCGAGUGGAGGAUCCAUGUAGCUACUGGGAACUACCUCAGCCUAGUCUUUGGAGACAUGGACAUUGAGGCCUCAGAACAGUGCAGAUCUGGCUACUUGUUGAUCUCUUCUGAUAGCUCCAGCUAUGGUCCAUACUGCAGUAACUCAAAUCUGCCCCGCAAGGUCUUGGUGGUAAAUGCAAGCUCAGUAACCAUCUUGUUCAACAGUACUGUGCACCGCUCAGGACGUGGCUUCCUCCUUUCCUAUGCCGGCAGCAACCAGCCAGAUUUGAUUUCCUGCUUGAAGAAGGGUAUCCAUUACAGCAAGGAACAACUCAGAGUAUACUGUCCUGCAGGCUGCAAGGAAGUGGCAGGAGACAUCUGGGGCAACAUGAAGCAAGGCUACCGAGACACUUCAGUUCUCUGCAAAGCUGCUGUCCAUGCUGGAGUGAUCCUAGAUGAACAGGGAGGGCAGGUUGCAUUGUUGCAAGGAAAGGGAAUCACUCUGUACGAAUCAUCCUUUGCUAACGGACUCUACUCAAAAAGGGGACCCUUAUCUGAAAAGCGGCUCAUCUUUCAUAAAGACUGUGAUGGAGUCUUGGAAGCAUCCAGCUUCAGUGCAUCAUCCGUCUGGCACGAACAGAAUGCCAUGGGGAGGAAUCAGAUCUGGGCUGCUGAGCAUGCUGCUUUUAGCAGCAGUGGGAUCUCCUGGGCAGCAGAUCAGAGCUCUACAGAAGAGUGGCUGGAGGUAGAUUUGGGUGGAAGGAGAAACAUCACAGGGAUUAUUACAAAGGGGUCCUCUCAUAAAUAUAACUACUACAUAAAGUCCUAUAGAGUCCUUUUCAGCCGGAAUGGAAAGAACUGGAAAGUCUAUAAAUCCAACAACGGAGAGGAUAAGGUCUUCAAAGGAAAUAGUGACAACUUCCAGGAGGUCUCCAACGCUUUCAUCCCACCAAUCCUGGCACGUUACCUGCGUAUCACACCCCAGAGUUGGAACCAGAGGGUUGCACUGAAAGUGGAGUUGUUGGGAUGCCAGGUGGCAUGCCUCAAGGCAAUGUGCCCAUACAGCAAUAAUGGAAUCCACAGUGGCCCCAAGGAACUCCCCAUCCUGACCAGCAUUCCAGCCGUUUUCACUCCAAACCCUGGAAUAGUAAUCAAUUCUGAGAAAACAGGUCCUCCACUACUGGUGAUGUUGCUGAUUGGGGGCUUUGUGCUCAUUUCCUCUGCCCUACUGCUGCUGGCUUUCCUUUGCCUUAAGAAGAGGAAGACAGCGGUUGAUCAGGACUGCGGCCUUGUAAAAGGUAAACCAUCCAACAGCACACAUAGGAACACCAAAUAUGACCUAACAUCAGAUGCGAGCCAGAUCUGUUCCAGCCUGCAACUGUCCACUUCAGAAAUGGCCUCGUUCCCUGGGGAAGGGGCCUCAGCAGACCUCAGUGGAGCUCUGUCAUCAGAAUAUGCUGAACCAGAUAUGGUCCAAGUCAGCUCCACCAGCCAGACAGCACCAUCCACGUUCCGGCCUGACCCAGAUGAAGGCUACACGCUCCCCCUAGUGGUGAAUCACUAUGAUGUGCCAGGGAAAUACCAUGAGUAUGCUGAGCCAUUGCCCCCAGAGCCAGAAUACGCCACACCGUUCACAGAGCAGCCCAUUGAGCCAGAGGGGGCCGCUUUCCAGAAGAACAUCUGCAUCAUCAAAGUCAUUCCUUCCUCCCAAAGCCAGCUAGCGUCCUUUGGCUCACCAGGGUACCCUGAGCUCCAGAUACAAUAUGACUCCUCUGCUCAGCGGGCUGCAGAGAAGUCAGACAGUGCAGCAGGUGUGGUCAGGAUGCUGGAGGGUGUAGCCACAACCACUCACAGGGAACUACAAGGCGAAUGGACUCCGGGCUCAAAAGAUGAAUCCCCUGCUGUACAGCCGAUUAUCUUUCUGCAAUGA